CGCCCUCUGCUUGCCUGGAUCGGAGGCGUUCUUAUUAAUUGGUCGCUGAAACGUCUGGAAGCAUAUUGAUUGGCUGGUGACGCCGCCUGUUUGGGCUCAACGGUCACCUCCCCGCGUGCGGGGGCGGUGUCUGGCCCCGGCCCCAGCGCUCUCCCACUGGCUGGAGAGAACGAUCCCUCCUCUCCUGAUUGGUCGAGGUUGGCAGUCUGUCCUGUGGGGGCGCGGCUUAGGCGGACCUCGAUUGGGUGGCCCGAAUCCCCGCCUUUCCGAGCGGGGACGCUGAUAGGUGCAGAGGCGGGGUUUUGGAGGCCUCGUUACCUUCCAGGUGGGGGGCACAACAAAGCAGAAGACUGGGUGGUGGGAAGCCAGCGCCCACUCCCAGGGGAUCCCUCUCAGGCCAGUUGCCUCCAAGCAGUUGCCUCUUUCCUUAUUUGCUAGUUCGACAGCGCCUAGAAAAUGCAGUUGGUAAAAACUAAAAACUUCUAGAAUUAGAAGGCACUUAGAAGAUCACCCAGGAAUGGCCCCCUCGUUUCUUCUUACAGCUGAACUAACGGAGGUCCAUGGAGUGCCGCAAGCCACUCAGGCAGUGGCAGAUCCAGAAUAUAGAACAAAUCUAACUCAAUUCAACAAAUGUCUAUUGACUACUUUCUGCGCGGUGGUUGCUGUGGAUUCAGAAAUUAAUUAGAUGUGAUCCCUGGCUUAAGGGUGUCACAGCCCGAUAGGAGAAAACAGACAUGAAUAACCUUAGAAGGAUCUAGUAAGUUCUCAGCUUGGAGGUGUAUACAAAGUGUUGCUGGAAGGAAGUGAAGGAGCAGUUAAGUCUGCCCUGGAGUACAAUGGGAGAUAUAUUGGUAAAAGCCACAGAGAAGAGCUGAGUUCCAGGAUCAAGCCAGGAAGGAACAAGUCUCACGUCAAGGCUUUAAAUAUCUCGAGGAAUGCAGGCAGUAGUUCAGAUGGAACCGAAGAUUCCGAUUUUUCUACAGAUCUCGAGCACACAGACAGUUCAGAAAGUGAUGGCACAUCCCGACGAUCUGCUCGAGUCACCCGCUCCUCAGCCAGGCUAAGCCAGAGUUCUCAAGAUUCCAGUCCUGUUCGAAAUCUGCAGUCUUUUGGCACUGAGGAGCCUGCUUACUCUACCAGAAGAGUGACCCGUAGUCAGCAGCAGCCUACCCCAGUGACACCGAAAAAAUACCCUCUUCGGCAGACUCGUUCAUCUGGUUCAGAAACUGAGCAAGUGGUUGAUUUUUCAGAUAGAGAAACUAAAAAUACAGCUGAUCAUGAUGAGUCACCGCCUCGAACUCCAACUGGAAAUGCACCUUCUUCUGAGUCUGACAUAGACAUCUCCAGCCCCAAUGUGUCUCACGACGAGAGCAUUGCCAAGGACAUGUCCCUGAAGGACUCAGGCAGUGAUCUCUCUCAUCGCCCCAAGCGCCGUCGCUUCCAUGAAAGCUACAACUUCAAUAUGAAGUGUCCUACACCAGGCUGUAACUCUCUAGGACACCUUACAGGAAAACAUGAGAGACAUUUCUCCAUCUCAGGAUGCCCACUCUAUCAUAACCUCUCAGCUGACGAAUGCAAGGUGAGAGCACAGAGCCGGGAUAAGCAGAUAGAAGAAAGGAUGCUGUCUCACAGGCAAGAUGACAACAACAGGCAUGCAACCAGGCACCAGGCACCAACGGAGAGGCAGCUUCGAUAUAAGGAAAAAGUGGCUGAACUCAGGAAGAAAAGAAAUUCUGGACUGAGCAAAGAACAGAAAGAGAAAUAUAUGGAACACAGACAGACCUAUGGGAACACACGGGAACCUCUUUUAGAAAACCUGACAAGCGAAUAUGACUUGGAUCUUUUCCGAAGAGCACAAGCCCGGGCUUCAGAGGAUUUGGAGAAGUUAAGGCUGCAAGGCCAAAUCACAGAGGGAAGCAACAUGAUUAAAACAAUUGCUUUUGGCCGCUAUGAGCUUGAUACCUGGUACCAUUCUCCAUAUCCUGAAGAAUAUGCACGGCUGGGACGUCUCUAUAUGUGUGAAUUCUGUUUAAAAUAUAUGAAGAGCCAAACGAUACUCCGCCGGCACAUGGCCAAAUGUGUGUGGAAACACCCACCUGGUGAUGAGAUAUAUCGCAAAGGUUCAAUCUCUGUGUUUGAAGUGGAUGGCAAGAAAAACAAGAUCUACUGCCAGAACCUGUGCCUGUUGGCCAAACUUUUUCUGGACCACAAGACAUUAUAUUAUGAUGUGGAGCCCUUCCUGUUCUAUGUUAUGACAGAGGCGGACAACACUGGCUGUCACCUGAUUGGAUAUUUUUCCAAGGAAAAGAAUUCAUUCCUCAACUACAACGUCUCCUGUAUCCUUACUAUGCCUCAGUACAUGAGACAGGGCUAUGGCAAGAUGCUUAUUGAUUUCAGUUAUUUGCUUUCCAAAGUCGAAGAAAAAGUUGGCUCCCCAGAACGUCCACUCUCAGAUCUGGGGCUUAUAAGCUAUCGCAGUUACUGGAAAGAAGUACUUCUCCGCUACCUGCAUAAUUUCCAAGGCAAAGAGAUUUCUAUCAAAGAAAUCAGUCAGGAGACGGCUGUGAAUCCUGUGGACAUUGUCAGCACUCUGCAAGCCCUUCAGAUGCUCAAGUACUGGAAGGGAAAACACCUAGUUUUAAAGAGACAGGACCUGAUUGAUGAGUGGAUAGCCAAAGAGGCCAAAAGGUCCAACUCCAAUAAAACCAUGGAUCCCAGCUGCUUAAAAUGGACCCCUCCCAAGGGCACUUAAAGUGACCUGUCAUUCCGAGCCAGCGAACCCCAGCAGUAGGAAUCCGUACCCUAGGGAUCUGUCUGUCAUUUCUGUUGCUCUUGUGAUUGGCAAGUACAGUAUCCUUUGGGAAGGCCAUCCCCCUCAGGACUGUCCUGGCUCCGACCUUUGUGUACACUGCAGACGCUGGUUCUGAGGAACUGUUGUUUCGGCCUCAGUGAGGUUGCCUGGAUGGGAUCUGUAUUAGACUUGAGUGCAGGUCUCUCAGCACUGACCCAAGGAGUUCUGUUAUGGUACUGUACCUGUCCAGUCACUGGUUCUCUCCUCAUGUCCUCUCGCCCCAUGAGGUUGUGUUGUGUCUUCUAAGCGUGGUACUAGUGCUUGCCACCUGGUCACCAGACCUCCAAAUAUGGCUGCCACCACCAGGACCUUUCCAGUUACUCCUUAUAUGUGUGUUCUAUGGAGGGGCAGGGAAAAGGUGGCACUUGUGAGUGUGUGUGGAUUGGCAGGGGGUCCAUUCACUUUGGGUUCCAUCUUGCUUUAAAUUUCUUGCCUUCAUUUUGAUUAAGAGACCUCUUUUUGAUCUGUAUUGGGCUAACCAGAGCCAAAUACUUUUGAAGAGUUUCCCAGGGACUAGUCAUGGUAAUAGCAUAUAAUUGAUCUGAAUGAGAUGGAGAGAAGAAUGAAGGGGUGAUGGUUCUGGGUUUGAUUUGAGUUCACCUGUGGGCAGUGGGCAGUGGGCAGCGUCUUGGUGAAAGGGAACGGAUACUACUUUUUGCCUCACUGUAAAGUACUCACUAGUAAAUAUUUCCUUCUCUCUUUACUCCCACUUUUUACGUUUGCAGGUGCCAAAGUAAUGUCCACUUUUCCCUUUCAUGCUGCAUAUUAACUGGUUAAUUAUACUGCAGAAACCUUUUCACCUCCACUAGUCUGAUACAGUACAUCUGUACUUCCAUAUACCUUGCACUGAUUUUGUCUGAAUGCCCUGGGAGAAGUAGAAAAUGAUUGAAAGUGACUUCCGUAUCUCAGCCCAUGACUCAGCAAGGCAGAAUGGCCACCCCUGCCAAAGUUUGCUUCUCUUUUCAACAGUGCCUCACCCUCCCUCUAGGAUUAAAGUGCUUCUGCCCUUCCACGAACUCCUCCUCCAUUUCCUUUUUGGGAUUUGUCACCAUCCUUCUAUUCUCUGGUCUUCUAUUUUUGGUGUUGUUCAAGUGAAGGAAGAGAUGUUCCCUCUAAUUUCUCUCUAGCCCAUUAUAACCUGCUAUCUUGGGGCAACUUUUGAUGUAUGACAUGUCACCCUUCCCAACUUGGUCUCCUCCAACAUGCUGUCUUCAUGUGGAGCCCUCACCACAAUCCCUGACUCCGGUCAUUUGUGCCUUUCUCUUGUCAUCUCUGUACACUACUUAUAUUCACUGUGGGUUGGGGGAGCUAAUUUUAAGCAUGUUCAGUGGCAGCUCCCCUCCAGUUUCAGUGUCACUGUUAAAAUUUAUCAAAAAGCAACUUCACUAGGGGUUUUCUUAAGGGAUAAAGGCCUUUUACAGAAGCUAAACCCUUCCCCACAUGUGGUAGAAUGUGCUCUUCUAUAUCUACUCCUCAAUAAAGCAUGUUCUCUGCUCAA